UCACUUCUUCUCACACUUCUCUUUAGUUUUCACCAUUACAAAAAAGAAUAACAACCACUAUUUUCUCUCUCUCUUUCUUCGAAUUUCAAAGUGUAAAGAAGAAAUAUUAAAAAUGGAUUCCUUGAACAUGAAAUUGGCUUUUGUGAUUGUGGCUGCAUUGUUGUUGAGCACUACAACGAUGGCUCAAUCUCCAGCUUCAUCUCCAACUAAAUCUCCGACACCGAGGAAAGCAUUAUCUCCUUCACCUGCGGCCGUGACUCAAACACCGGCAGCUUCACCUUCGACUGGAAGUUCUCCGGUUGAUUCUCCAGCGUUCUCUCCGUCUUCGAUCUCCGGUCCACCAUCUGAAGCGCCAGCUCCAAGCGGUGCCGUUUUGAACAGAGUCUCUACCGCCGUAUCUGUUGCGAUUGUCGUUUUCGUAGCGGCUUUGGUCAUGUAGACGGAAUUCUUCUAUGGAGUUAUCUAUCGUUUUUUAUUUUUUUAUUAAUUUUAUUCAUGCACUUUGAUUUAUUUUUUGGAACGCUUUGUCGUCACAAUUCAUUGAAUUUAAUUAUUUUGUAUUUUAUUGAUAUUCAUUCAUUUAUUCAACUAUCCUUCUUUGCAAUUA